CAGCAGAGCAGGAAUCAAAACAAGAGACGGACACGCCUUCGUUGUUAAAGGUUACAGCAGCUUAUUCUUCAUAACUGCUGCUGUCAGGGCUGCACAAAACCCCGCGUGUCGUGCACGAGGACACCCAAAAAACAACAACAACAACAACACAAAGGGGGAAAACACUGCAAACAAAACAAAGCACCUCUGCAGAAAUGGAGUCCACAGAAAUGUCAGACAGCGUUGACAGCAGCCGCUGAUAGAGGUCGAAAAUAACACUGACAUCCGAAUCGUGUACAAUGCCCAACCAGAAGAACAACAAGGGCAAGAAAAGCAAACGCACUAACAGUAGCGGAGAUGAGCAGGAAAAUGGAGCCUGUGCGGCCGCAACAGGAGGCGCGGCCGCGGCGGCUGCUGCACCCAGACACGAGCGCUCGAGUGAGGUCCAGUGUGCGACCCCUCUGGGCUGCAGCUUGGCCCGUCCCAUCGACCUGGAGAAGGACGACUACCAGCGGGUGCUCUGCAACAAUGAGCUCUGCCCUUACGGCAACUGGAUGCACCUGCAGUGUUUCUACGAGUGGGAGAGCUCCAUCCUCGUCCAGUUCAACUGCAUCGGCCGCGCGCGCUCCUGGAACGAGAAGCAGUGCCGGCAGAACAUGUGGACCAAGAAGGGCUACGAUCUGGCCUUCAGGUUCUGCUCCUGCCGCUGCGGCCAGGGCCACUUAAAGAAAGACACCGACUGGUAUCAGGUGAAACGUAUGCAGGAUGAGCGCAAGAAGAAGCCAUCUGAGAGGAGCACGGGCAGGAAUGGGUCCGGUGGAGGUGCUUCAGGAUCAGGGGACGGGCUUUUUGAGGAGCCCAAGAGAAGUAAACCACCAGGAGCAUCAGGAGGAGGUAAACUACCCCACAGAGCCUCUAGUCAGGAGUUACCUCGGAGACAAUCAGUGGACCGUCAGAACUCUACAGAGAGAGGAGCAGCAGCAGCAGGAGGAGCAGUAGGUGGAGGACCCCCUGCAGGAGGACCCUUUUCUCUGGGGCCUCCUCAGAAGUCUCCAUGUGACUCCCCAGGACAAUCUCCCCCAACUGGUUUCACUUUCUCCCCCACUGCUGCCCUCGGAGCAGGAUCCGGAGGGGCAGGAUUGCGAGGUUCCCGUCAGCUAGGAGAGUUCCUCAAAUCAGCCGUCCACAUGGACCCGCAGAGGAAACACUUGCUGGUCGGGGGAGCUCUGGGUCGGGGCGGCGGCUGCUCGAUGGGAGCAUCCAGCGGUGGAGCUCACCUCGACCCCGGAUCUGUAAUUCCCCUGCCGCUGUCCUUCGCCCUACCACUUCACCACCGGCUCACCUCCGGCAGUGUGGGCGAUGGCACCCACUCCCACCCAGUGCAGUUCCUGAGGAGGCUGGACCUCUCAGAGCUCCUCACCCACAUCCCUCGACAUAAACUCAACACCUACCACGUCCGCAUGGAGGAUGAUGCCCAGGCAGGCCAGGGAGAAGAGCUGCGCAGGUUCAUCCUGUCAGCCCUCAGUGCGAGCCAGAGAAACGUGGUCAACUGUGCGCUGUGCCACAGAGCGCUGCCAGUGUUUGAACAGUUUCCUCUGGUGGACGGGACUCUGUUUCUCAGCCCUUCACGCCACGACGAGAUAGAAUACGACGUCCCCUGCCACCUUCAAGGCAGGUUAAUGCACCUCUACGCCAUCUGUGUGGACUGUCUAGAAGGCGUCCACAAGAUUGUCUGCAUCAAGUGCAAAUCACGCUGGGACGGGAGCUGGCACCAACUGGGCACCAUGUACACCUACGAUAUACUGGCUGCUUCACCCUGUUGCCAGGCUCGCCUCAACUGUAAGCACUGCGGGAAGCCGGUGGUGGACGUUCGAGUCGGGAUGCAGUAUUUCUCCGAGUACAGCAACGUCCAGCAGUGCCCUCACUGCGGCAACCUGGACUAUCACUUUGUCAAACCUUUCUCCUCCUACAAAGUACUCGAGGCUUAUUGACAAAUGCUGUUUAUGCAGGCUAGUUAAGCUGCUUCUGUUCUCUUUUUUUCUAACACAAUCUAGGAAAGAGUUUAUUUUUGGGGGCCUUAAGGUGAUUUUAUGUUUUCAAGUUCUCUUUCUUUUGGUUUCUUUUUUUAUGUAUAGAAAAAAGUUAUGACUAUAGUUAAUAAAAAAAUAAAAAGUUCCAAGACAGUAUAUCUCUGCUGUUAGAGAAAGGUGUUGAUAAAGUGUGGAACUGACACAUCAGUCAAGCAAACACAUUUAUCUGUGACAAGUGAAUGUAUCUGUAUGCCAAAAUUUGCUUUUAUUUUUUAUUUUUUACCAAAACGUAAAGAUGAAUCUCAAAUAAAAACAGAGACAGAUAA